CGUGACAUGCGAUCGCUGCUCACAAAAAACUAGUGGAUAAAGAUGCCACCAACGGUUCAGAAGCCUUCGCAUGACCGAGAUCGGAAGAGAGGGUCUGGAGAAAGAAGAUCUGAAUUGGUGUGUCGAGUGAAGUACAACAACACAUUGCCUGAUAUUCCGUUUGAUCCAAAGUUUAUUACAUAUCCCUUUGAGACUAACAGGUUUAUAAAUUACAAACCAACAUCACUGGAAAGAACCUACAAGUAUGAUCUCCUUACAGAGCAUGACCUUGGUGUUACUAUUGAUCUUAUCAACCCUGACACGUACAAAAUCGACCCAACAGACUACAAGGACCCAGAAGAUGAGCGACUUUUGGAAGAAGAUCUGAAUACACCUGCUGAUUCUAAAAGAUCUAGACAUCACAAUGCGAAUGUGUCAUGGCUUCGGAAAACAGAAUACAUCUCCACAGAAUACAACAGAUUCACACAGAAGUCGGAUAACUCUGAACGAAAAGUGGGUUUCAAGAUAAAACAGAUUAUGAAGGAUGAAGAUGUGUACAAGGACCGAGAUAGCCAGAUUGCAGCCAUUGAGAAAACAUUUGCUAAAGCCAAAGAACCGAUUACAAAACACUACAGUAAACCAGGUGUGGUUCCUGUGGACAUUUUACCAAUGUACCCAGACUUUAUGUUAUGGAAACAUCCCUUUGCACAAGUUAUCUUCGACUCUGAUCCUGCUCCCAGGGCUGGCUCUGUUCCUGCUCAAACAGAGGAAAUGUCUCAAGCCAUGAUCAGAGGAGCCAUAGAUGAGAGUGGUGAACAGUUUGUAGCUUACUUCCUACCGACAGAGGAAACCCUUGGAAAACGCAAGCGAGACGCAGAGGAGGGUAUUGAUUACAAUCCUGAGGAAGAGUAUGACUAUCUGCUGGCCAGACAGUACAACUGGAAUGUCAAGAACAAGUUAUCACGGGGAUAUGAGGAAACCUACUUCUUCGUAUUCAGGGAGGAUGGUGUAUACUAUGAUGAACUGGAAACCAGGGUGAGACUGAGUAAGAGACGUAAGACAGCUGGUACCCAGGUCGCCAAGUCCAGGCUUGUGGUGAAACACAGGGAGCUGGCAGAGAGAGAAGUUGGAGCUCAGGAUGUACGAAUGAUGAUGUUGGAGUUGGCUCAGGAGGAUGAGGAAGAAGAGCAACAGGAAGAGAUGCAGAACUCAGGAUUAGAAGAUUUCCCCAGUGGCAGUGAGGCAGGGGAUGCAAGCGGAGCAGAGGAUGACAAGGCCAGUAACAGGUCACGAGGUAGCAGUCGCAGUAGGAGUAGGUCAUCCAGCCGCAGUCGAAGCCGUAGUUCUAGCCGUAGUAGGAGCCGCAGCCGAAGUCGAAGUCGUAGUGGCUCAAGAUCCAGAAGUGGCAGUGAACAUAGUGGCAGUGAGAGUGAAAGUGAAGCUGAAAAUGUACAAGGAAAGAAGGAUGAGGAAGAAAUCUUCGGUUCAUCUAGCAGUUCUGAAGAAGAUUAAUGAUGUACAGUGGAGAUUCCAGAGACUUAUCUAUGUGAGGGAGGUUUAAGUCAGGUUGGUAACUUUGAUAAGUGGGAAGGGUUUUGGGGCGGGGACUUUUUAAGGAUGGUUUGGGAUGGGUGUUUGAGAAAGCUUAGAUUUAGGGAAAGUUUGGGUUGGUCUAUAUAGGAGGAUGUAGGGUAAGGACUAGGUAGGGAAAGUUUGGGAUAGGUCUGUAUAGAAGGAUUUGUGGGAAGGGGCGAUUUAGGGAAAUUUUGGGGUAGGUCUUUACAGAAAGGAUUUGG